CUGCCUUUAAGCCAGACCUGAUCAUUUUUCUGGAGCAAGGAAAAGAGCCCUGGAAUAUGAAGAGACAUGAUAUGGUGGAAGAACCCCCAGUUAUAUGUUCUCAUUUUUCUCAAGAGUUUUGGCCAGAGCAAGGCAUAGAAGAUUCUUUCCAAAAAAUGAUAUUGAGAAGGGAUCAUUGACAUUUAGGGAUGUGGCCAUAGAAUUCUCUCUGGAGGAGUGGCAAUGCCUGGACACUGCACAGCAGAAUUUAUAUAGAAAUGUGAUGUUAGAGAACUACAGAAACCUGGUCUUCCUGGGUAUUGCUGCCUUUAAGCCAGACCUGAUCAUUUUUCUGGAGGAAGGAAAAGAGCCCUGGAAUAUGAAGAGACAUGAGAUGGUGGAAGAAUCCCCAGUUAUAUGUUCUCAUUUUGCUCAAGAUCUUUGGCCGGAGCAGGGCAUAGAAGAUUCUUUCCAAAAAGUGAUAUUGAGAAGGUAUGAAAAAUGUGGACAUGAGAAUUUACACUUAAAAAUUGGUUAUACCAAUGUGGAUGAGUGUAAGGUGCACAAAGAAGGUUAUAAUAAACUUAACCAGAGUUUGACAACUACGCAGAGCAAAGUAUUUCAACGUGGCAAAUAUGCAAAUGUCUUUCAUAAAUGUUCAAAUUCAAACAGACAUAAGAUAAGGCAUACUGGAAAGAAACAUUUGAAAUGUAAAGAAUAUGUCAGAUCAUUUUGCAUGCUUUCACACCUAUCUCAACAUAAAAGAAUUUAUACUAGAGAGAAUUCCUACAAAUGUGAAGAAGGUGGCAAAGCUUUUAACUGGUCCUCAACCCUUACUUAUUAUAAGAGUGCUCAUACUGGAGAGAAACCCUACAGAUGUAAAGAAUGUGGCAAAGCCUUUAGUAAGUUCUCAAUCCUUACUAAACAUAAGGUAAUUCAUACUGGAGAGAAAUCCUACAAAUGUGAAGAAUGUGGCAAAGCUUUUAACCAAUCUGCAAUCCUUACUAAACAUAAGAUAAUUCAUACUGGAGAGAAACCCAACAAAUGUGAAGAAUGUGGCAAAGCCUUUAGUAAGGUCGCGACUCUUACUACACAUAAGGCAAUUCAUGCUGGAGAGAAGCCCUACAAAUGUAAAGAAUGUGGCAAAGCCUUUAGUAAGGUCUCAACCCUUAUUACACAUAAGGCAAUUCAUGCUGGAGAGAAGCCCUACAAAUGUAAAGAAUGUGGCAAAGCCUUUAGUAAGUUCUCAAUCCUUACUAAACAUAAGGUAAUUCAUACUGGAGAGAAACCCUACAAAUGUGAAGAAUGUGGCAAAGCCUAUAAGUGGCCCUCAACACUUAGUUAUCAUAAGAAAAUUCAUACUGGAGAGAAACCUUACAAAUGUGAAGAAUGUGGCAAAGGUUUUAGUAUGUUCUCAAUCCUUACUAAACAUGAGGUAAUUCACACUGGAGAGAAACCCUACAAAUGUGAAGAAUGUGGCAAAGCUUUCAACUGGUCCUCAAACCUUAUGGAACAUAAGAAAAUUCACACUGGAGAGACACCCUACAAAUGUGAAGAAUGUGGCAAAGGCUUUAGUAUGUCCUCAAUCCUUACUAAACAUAAGGUAAUUCAUAAUGGAGAGAAACCCUACAAAUGUGAAGAAUGUGACAAAGCUUUCAGCUGGCCCUCAAGCCUUAUGGAACAUAAGGCAACUCAUGCUGGAGAGAAACCCUACAAAUGUGAAGAAUGUGACAAAGCUUUCAACUGGUCCUCAAACCUUAUGGAACAUAAGAGAAUUCAUACUGGAGAGAAACCCUACAAAUGUGAAGAAUGUGGCAAAAGCUUCAGUACAUUCUCAAUCCUUACCAAACAUAAGGUAAUUCAUACUGGAGAGAAACCCUACAAAUGUGAAGAAUGUGGCAAAGCCUAUAAGUGGUCCUCAACCCUUGGUUAUCAUAAGAAAAUUCAUACUGGAGAGAAACCCUACAAAUGUGAAGAAUGUGGCAAAGCUUUUAACCAAUCUGCAAUUCUUAUUAAACAUAAGAGAAUUCAUACUGGUGAGAAACCCUACAAAUGUGAAGAAUGUAGCAAAACCUUUAGUAAGGUCUCAACCCUUACUACACAUAAGGCAAUUCAUGCUGGAGAGAAGCCCUACAAAUGUAAAGAAUGUGGCAAAACUUUUAUUAAGGUCUCAACCCUUACUACACAUAAGGCAAUUCAUGCUGGAGAGAAGCCGUACAAAUGUAAAGAAUGUGGCAAAGCCUUUAGUAAGUUCUCAAUCCUUACUAAACAUAAGGUAAUUCAUACUGGAGAGAAACCCUACAAAUGUGAAGAAUGUGGCAAAGCUUUCAACUGGUCCUCAAACCUUAUGGAACAUAAGAGAAUUCAUACUGGAGAGAAACCCUACAAAUGUGAAGAAUGUGGCAAAAGCUUUACUACAUUCUCAGUCCUUACUAAACAUAAGGUAAUUCAUACUGGAGAGAAACCCUACAAAUGUGAAGAAUGUGGCAAAGCCUAUAAGUGGUCCUCAACCCUUAGUUAUCAUAAGAAAAUUCAUACUGUAGAGAAACCCUACAAAUGUGAAGAAUGUGGCAAAGCUUUUAACCGAUCUGCAAUCCUUAUUAAACAUAAGAGAAUUCAUACUGGUGAGAAACCCUACAAAUGUGAAGAAUGUGGCAAAACCUUUAGUAAGGUCUCAACCCUUACUACACAUAAGGCAAUUCAUGCUGGAGAAAAGCCCUACAAAUGUAAAGAAUGUGGCAAAGCCUUUAGUAAGUUCUCAAUCCUUACUAAACAUAAGGUAAUUCAUACUGGAGAGAAACCCUACAAAUGUGAAGAAUGUGGCAAAGCCUAUAAAUGGCCUUCAACCCUUAGUUAUCAUAAGAAAAUUCAUACUGGAGAGAAACCCUACAAAUGUGAAGAAUGUGGCAAAGGUUUUAGUAUGUUCUCAAUCCUUACUAAACAUGAGGUAAUUCAUACUGGAGAGAAACCCUACAAAUGUGAAGAAUGUGGCAAAGCCUUCAGCUGGUUGUCAGUCUUUAGUAAACAUAAGAAAACUCAUGCUGGAGAGAAAUUCUACAAAUGUGAAGCAUGUGGCAAAGCCUAUAAGUCAUCCUCAACCCUUAGUUAUCAUAAGAAAAUUCAUACUGAAGAGAAACCUUACAAAUGUGAAGAAUGUGGCAAAGGCUUUAGUACAUUCUCAAUCCUUACUAAACAUAAGGUAAUUCAUACUGGAGAGAAACCCUACAAAUGUGAAGAAUGUGGCAAAGCUUUCAACUGGUCAUCAAACCUUAUGGAACAUAAGAAAAUUCACACUGGAGAGACACCCUACAAAUGUGAAGAAUGUGACAAAGCCUUCAGCUGGCCCUCAAGCCUUACUGAACAUAAGGCAACUCAUGCUGGAGAAAAACCCUACAAAUGUGAAGAAUGUGGCAAAGCCUUCAGCUGGCCCUCAAGACUUACUGAACAUAAGGCAACUCAUGCUGGAGAGGAACCCUACAAAUGUGAAGAAUGUGGCAAAGCUUUCAACUGGUCCUCAAACCUUAUGGAACAUAAGAGAAUUCAUACUGGAGAGAAACCCUACAAAUGUGAAGAAUGUGGCAAAAGCUUUAGUACGUUCUCAAUCCUUACUAAACAUAAGGUAAUUCAUACUGGAGAGAAACCCUACAAAUGUGAAGAAUGUGGCAAAGCCUAUAAGUGGUCCUCAACCCUUAGUUAUCAUAAGAAAAUUCAUACUGUAGAGAAACCCUACAAAUGUGAAGAAUGUGGCAAAGGCUUUGUUAUGUUCUCAAUCCUUGCAAAACAUAAGGUAAUUCAUACUGGAGAGAAACUCUACAAAUGUGAAGAAUGUGGCAAAGCCUAUAAGUGGCCCUCAACCCUUAGAUAUCACAAGAAAAUUCAUACUGGAGAGAAACCCUACAAAUGUGAAGAAUGUGGCAAAGCCUUUAGUACGUUCUCAAUCCUCACUAAACAUAAGGUAAUUCAUACUGGAGAGAAACCCUACAAAUGUGAAGAAUGUGGCAAAGCCUUCAGCUGGUUAUCAGUCUUCAGUAAACAUAAGAAAAUUCAUACUGGAGAGAAACUCUAGAAAUGUGAAGAAUGUGGCAAAGCCUAUAAGUGGCCCUCAACCCUUAGUUAUCAUAAGAAAAUUCAUACUGGAGAGAAACCCUACAAAUGUGAAGAAUGUGGCAAAGGCUUUUGUACAUUCUCAAUCCUUGCUAAACAUAAGGUAAUUCAUACUGGAGAGAAACCCUACAAAUGUGAAGAAAGUGGCAAAGCCUUCAGCUGGUUCUCAGUCUUUAGUAAACAUAAGAAAAUUCAUGCUGGAGAGAAAUUCUAAAAAUGUGAAGAAUGUGGCAAAGCUUUUAAACAGUUCCCAACCCUCCUGCACAUAAGAAAAUUCAUGCUGGAGAGAAACACUACAAAUGAGAAGAAUGUGGCAAAGGCUUCAACCAGUCCUCAAACCUUAUGGAACAUAAGAGAAUUCAUACUGGUGAGAAACCCUACAAAUGUGAAGAAUGUGAUAAAGACUUCAACUGGUCCUCACACCUUACUACUCAUAAAAGAAUUCAUACUGGAGGAAAAACCCUACAAAUAUGAAAAAUGUGGCAAAACUAUUAAUUAAUUCUCAACCCUUACUGAACAUAAGGGAAUUUGUACAGGAGGGAAACCCUACAAAUCUGAAGAAUGUGGCAAGCCUUUUAGCUAUUCCUCAAUCCUUACUAAACAUUCAUGUAAUUCAUACUGGAGGGAAUUCCUACAAUUGUGUGGAAUGUGGCAAAGCCCUUAACCAGUCCUUAAGGCUUACUACAUAUAAGACAACUCAUACUGGAGAGAAACCAUGCAUGUGUGAAGAAUGUGGGAAAGCCUCUAAUAGAUCCUCAAUUCUUAAGAGACAUAAGCUAAUUCAUACACAAGAGAGACUCUACAAACCUGAAAGAUGUGACAAUGCUUUUGGCAACACCUCAGACUUUUCUGAAUAUAAAAGAAAUCGUACAGAUGAGAAAUCCUAGAAAAGUGAAGAAUAUGACAAAGCCUUUAAGUGGCUGUCACACUUGAUUGUAGGUAAGAUAACUCAUACUGGAGAAAACUACUGUAAUAAACAAUGUGACAAACAUUUAACCAGUGCUCAUGCCUUAUUGCAAAGGAAAGCAUUUACACUAGCCUGGGCAACAGAGAGAGACUGUCUGGAAAAAAAAAAAUUUGUUAAUGCCAGUAAUAUCUUCUCACAGCUUAUUAAACAUCAUAGAGUUCAUACUAAAUAAAAGUAUUAAAAGUGCAAUCACUGUCACUAGAUCUUCCAGAAAAUAAAAGCUGUUAAAGUACAGAAGAAUAUUUAUUUUGAGGAAACACAUUAUAAAUAUUAAGAGGGUUGUAGUACAUGUACUUGUAUCACAGAUUUUAUUGUGCACAUUUUGUACUACAGGAAAACCUGAGGUAGUUGUUCCAACUUUGCUCAACAUCAGGGAAUUUAUAUUGAAGAAUAACCCUGCAAAUUUAAUAAAUUUGGAAAAACAUUUUUUCAAAAACUACAGAUUAUAAAACACAAACGCAUUUAUACUAAAAUAUGUUUUUACAGAUACAGUAAAUAUAAAAAAUAUUUAAUCCAAAAUUAAGUUUAUGUAAAUAUCAGCUAAUUCACAGUAGAAAUACCUGUCACUCAAACUUCAGAUAUUACACUAAAUCAGACUGCUGAGUAUAGGAAAAAAUCCAAAACUAAAGUUGGCAAAAAGAAGAAUUAUUUGUAUAUAACUUUAAAAGAAGUAGAUCUUUGAAGAGUUAUAAUUAAAUUUAAAGUAUACUUUUUUCUUCAAAACACAGAUUUUUUUUUUCCAGACACAUUGGCUUACUGUGGCCAAUACUUUGUGAUGCCAAGGUGGGCAGAUCACCUGAGGUCAGGAGUUCAAGACCAGCCUUGCCAACAUAGUGGAACUAAAAAGAAAUGUUUACUAAACAUGUUUACUAAAAAGAAAUACAGAAAUUAGCCAAGGUCUACCUUCCAGGUUCAUGCCAUUCUCCCACCUCAGCCUCCCAAUUAGCUGGGACUACAGGCGCCUGCCACCACUCCCAGCUAAUUUUUUGUAUUUUUAGUACAGACGGGGUUUCACCAUAUUAGCCAGGACGGUCUCGAUCUCCUGACCUCAUGAUAGGCCCACCUUGGCCACCCAAAGUCCUGGGAUUACAGGCAUGAGCCACAGUGCCUGGCCUAAUAACAGAAGUCUUUAGCAGAGCAAAAAUGUAUAAAAUGUAUAAUGACAUUGUAUAAGUAAUAAUAAACCUACUAACCAUAAAAAGCCCUGGAUCAUAUGAAAUCACAGCGAAGUUUUACCACAUAUACAAAGAGUUUUACCUAAGCCUACUGAAUGCAUUCGAAAAAAUCAAGGUGGGAUUUCACCCUAACUUGUUAUAUUAAAUCAGUGAAAUAUAUGAAACUAAAAUCUAGUGAAGGCACCACAAAAAAAGGAAAGUACAGGUCAAUAUUCUGGGUGAAUAUUGGAAUAAUAAUCCUCCAUGAAAUACUAGCAAACUGAAUUCAAAAGCAAAUCAGAAAGUUAUUUUGCUACAUUCAUGUGAGCUUUUCCAUAUAUAUGAAGGUGUUUCAUGAUAUGGAAGUCAAUAAGUGUGAUUCACCAUGUAAAGAUAAUUAAAAGAAAAAAAUUAACAGUAGGGGCAGAAAAAGCAUUCAAGAAAACCCAAUAUUGACUCAAAAAUGUUGUCAACACACUGGACAUUGAUGAAAAUAUCUUAAUAAGAGUCAUCUAUGACAAAUCCUUAGCCAACAUCAUACUAAAAGAGCAAAAACUGGAAGCAUUCUCCAUGAGAAUAAAAAUAAGAAUAUCCAUUCUAAACAGUCCUAUUGAAGUUAUGAAAUCCUAGCCAGAGAAUAAAAGGAAUCCAAACAGAAAACAAAGAAAGUCAAAUUAUCUUUACUGAUGAAAGAAUUGUCCACCUAGAAUACUUUAAAUGUUUCACCAAAAAAGUUCUAAGCCUGGAAAAAGACUUCAAAAAAAAUCUUAGAAUACAAAAUCAGCACAAAUGCAUAGCAUUUCUGUACACCAAUAAUAUUCAAACUGAGAACAAAAUAAAAAACACAGCUCUAUUUACAAUAGCAACAAACACACAAAAAAAUACCUAGAAAUACAUUAAAUCAAGGGGGUAAAAUAUCUCUACAAAGAACAACAAAACA